UAGUUGUUGCACAUUCACUUUCUCAUAAGUUGGUCAUUCAAUUUAUUUUCUCUCUAAGUUUCCUCCUAACCAAACCAUCGAAUAUUGAUGAGAAAGAGUUACACCUUCAUUUUCUCUCUUUCCAAACAUAUAUAUAAACUAUAUAUCUCCUCUAUAUUCUCAUCAAUUAUCUCUAAAAAACACACCUUCUUAAUAAUAUGGAUCAUCAUCCCAAACACCAAUAUUCUUAUUAUUUUCAUGUGUUUGUAGCCAUAGCUAUAGCUUUGGCUGUUUUAGUUUGUUGUGAAGAAGAAUCUGUAAAGCCAUUGGUUAAGACAGUAAAGGGUAAGAAAGUAUGUACAAAAGGGUGGGAAUGUAAGGUUUGGUCAGAGUAUUGUUGUAACCAAACAAUCUCAGAUUAUUUCCAAUCUUACCAAUUUGAGAACCUGUUUUCAAAACGUAACUCCCCUGUAGCCCAUGCUGUGGGAUUUUGGGAUUACCAUUCUUUCAUUACUGCCUCAGCUGAUUACCAACAUCUUGGCUUUGGUACAACUGGAACCAAACACACUGCCAUGAAGGAAGUUGCUGCUUUUCUUGGCCAUGUUGGUAGCAAAACCUCUUGUGGAUAUGGAGUGGCCACAGGUGGGCCAUUGGCAUGGGGACUAUGCUACAACAAGGAGAUGAGUCCAAGCAAACUAUACUGUGAUGACUACUACAAACUCACCUACCCUUGCACUCCUGGUGUUUCUUACCAUGGUCGUGGUGCCUUGCCUCUAUACUGGAACUACAACUAUGGAAAAGCAGGGGAGGCAUUGAAACAAGACUUGUUGAGCCACCCAGAGUACAUAGAACAGAAUGCAACAUUGGCAUUCCAGGCUGCGAUUUGGAGGUGGAUGACACCGGUGAAGAAGCAUCAGCCUUCGGCUCAUGAUGUGUUUGUUGGAAAAUGGAAACCAACCAAGAACGACACCUUAUCGAAACGAGUGCCCGGGUUUGGAGCCACCAUGAAUGUCCUCUACUCUGAUCAAGUUUGUGGCCAAGGUGAUGUUGAUUCAAUGAACAAUAUGGUCUCUCAUUACUUGUAUUAUCUUGAUCUAAUGGGUGUUGGUAGAGAAGAGGCUGGUCCUCAUGAGACUCUCACUUGUGCUGAACAGCAACCAUUCAAUCCAUCUUCUGAUUCUGCUUCUGAUUCUUAGAUCAAAAUUAAUACCAUUAUAAUAUAAUUACAUGUUCCUUUUUUGAAUGAGAAAAAGUACUAUACUUCAUGUUAAUAAUCAACAUUAUAUAUAUAUAUAUAUAUUUUUGUGUGAAAUUUUAAACCAAUAUUGGGGCAAUGUGUAUAAUAUAGAGACUAUACUUGUUAUUAUUGUUCAUAUACAUAUAUACAUGGGGUCAUGUGUUUUUGUAAUUGUUUAUUGAUUGAGUUUUGUUCUGUUAUUCUCUCUUUUAAGUAUAGUUUGCAUACAAAUAUAAUCAACUUAAAUUGUAUUAUGACAAACAUUUUUGAAUACAAGCUCUUUUGAUUUUAU